UUUAUUUUGACAGUGCAGGUGAAAUCCGGCAAUUAUGGAGUUACCAAGACUUUGUACAGACAUAAUCCCCAGCGCGUCAGGUUUUUUUCGGCAAGGCUGAGAGCAAUUUUGCUUUCCAUUGGCUGAUAGCAGCUGUUAAACUGAGGCAACGCCACCCGCUGACGGAAGCGCGCACAAGCUCGCUCCCUUCGCCAGAGGCGGUGAACGCGCCGCGGGGAUGCGCCUACCCUGGAAAAUAUCUCAGUAUUAACGAGUCGAAUAAAGUUUUUGUGAACGUGAGGACUAAUAUGAGAAAAGCAACCAAGAGGAACUGGACUGUAAGCCUUCAGAUGAUCACCUGAUCUGCUUGGAACCCUCCCUGACCCGGAGACUUCUGGAAUCUUCUUAUCAAAGGGCCGUUGCAUGACGCAGCAUGACCAGUGCAGCCAAGGACACUGCGUGACAUGCGUGUGAAAGGGUCAUACAUCAGCUGAGAGGGAGAGACAUUCGACCAAUUACCUAUUGGGCCUAGCAGAGAGCAUGGACAGCCCUGGGGCGGAGGGCCCCGGGAGCAAUGAAGACCUUGCAGUCAAGAAGAAAUCCAGGUUUCAGAUUUUGAAGACACGUCUGUUUGGGAGGAUAAAGAGGAAGGAUAAUGAAGAUUCGAUGAAGCACACCCAGUCCGCUAGUGACAUCACAGCCCCGGAAUGUCUCAGGGGCGGCUCUGACUCCUUGGAAGACUUUGUCUACUCCCCAGGGACACUCGGGUCCCGAGCGCUGUCACAUGAUAGCAUAUUCCUCACCAACCAAUCAGAAGCUCCACCAGAGCCAGAACGAAUUCUCUCUCAGGAGAACGUGCAUGGCAAGAUCAGAGCUCUGCAGAUGAAGCUCCAGCAGAACAUUCGGCUGGGUCCCCCACCCAUGCUGAUUCCCACUAAGCGCACAGAUGACACUGGUGCCAGCUCUGAAGAUGACGGGCUGCCCCACAGCCCCCCUGACGUGUCUCUACACGAGGGCCUGGAGCCAGCUAUAAGCCAGAAGAACCCUGACUCCCACAGGCACCACAGCACAUUGAGUUUAGCCGGAACGGGAAGUGAGGAGGACGAGCAGAGCCCUGCCCAACCUCCGUCCCACCUUCUGUCACCAGUGGGCAAGUCUUCUCCCAAGCCUAGUAGCACCAUGGCCCUCAGUCCCGUAGCAGACUUUGACGUCCCUGCCAGAUUCAUCCCGUGCCUGGACAACUCAGCCGCCCGUCACCGCAUGUCGGUGAAGCCCCGGAAUCAAAGAGCCAGCACCAAGGGCCGGAAACCAGCCUUGAGUGUUGAAAGGCCGCGCUCAGAGAGCUUAAGCACCCUGGAACAGGCCAUUUUGGAGCGAGAGCAAGAAGGAGAGGAGGUUCCCAAAGAGGCAGCCCGCUGCCGCUCUUACUCCACUCAGAUGUUAUUGGAGUCAACUCCUGAGAGAAGAAAGCAGGAGCUGGGGAUGGGGGCCAGUCUGGAGUUUCCGAGGACUGCUGCAGUUGACCUGGAGCAGCCUGUUCAGCAAAUGGAACAAGUGGCUAAACGUGCCCUCCUGCCCCGGCCUGUGCCACGGGUCCCGGAGUCCAGCCAGCCUGCAGAGUUAAGUCCUACAAAGGUGCUGUCCUCUCCUGGAUUUGCUGAGCUACCAGGGACGCCUACUAACAAGCCCCAAAGCCCCAGCAAGGCACAAGGCACUAAGGACCUGGUGAAAGAAAUUCUGCAGAACUCUGGUCAGCGAUACUCUUCCAACUACCCAGUAACACCAAAGACCCGUGCAUCUGAUUACACACCCCCCAAAAACACUCUUCAGAAGCAAGGUGACCUGGGAAACGGAGCUCAAGAGAUGACCCCAGCAAUACAGUUGGAUCCUUCACCCAACCCUCAGCUCUGUACAGUAGCACCCACCAAAAACAUUCUGCAGUCUGGAGACUGGCAACCCAUAAUAACAAAGACAUCAUUACCGAAAAAAGCUACCCCAACAACUAUGGAACAGUGUGUGCAAGAGGGUGCUGUCUCAAGGUCAGCCCAGAGAACAUCAGCGCCACCCACUGUUCAGGAUGAUCAACAACCCACAGAGGCUGUUAGGCAGCAGAGACCCAACUCUGGGUCAUUCCGAUUCUCAAUCUCUUCAGCCUGGGACAGACCCAGGACAAGCAGCUUUUCUGGUGGCGUUGAGGGGGGCUCAGCAAGGGCAGAAGAUAUGGUAAACAAGACCCCCUCCAACCAUAAGUUCCAGGAGCCCCUAACAGCCAGAAUGGAGGAGAUCCCACUGCAGUCAGUGACCAAAACAGAGGAAAAUCUGGUGGUCAAGAGUCCUUCUAGCAUCCAGCUGCUACAACAACCAGCGGGAAGUUUGGGAGUAGCCAAAUCUAAAGAGCUGCCCUGGUCUGCAGAGCAGAGUACCAUGAAGAAGAGAGUGACAGAAGAGUCUGUGAAGUCUGGGCAAGUCCUGGGGAAAUCAGGAGGCGGCUCUGACAUAAAGGAAGUUCAGGAGGGUAAGAGCACAGGAGAGGAAGACACUCAAGGCAGGACUUCCUUCGGGGUGAAGCUUCGUUCUACUUCCUUGUCCUUGAGAUACCGGUCAGACAUAGCCCAGUCAGAGCAGACACACAAGGGCCACAUUGCUGAGUUUGGUCCCCCCUCCCCCCCUGCACAACCUCCUCCAGCUAAGCUAGCAAUCUCUGAGGAGCAGUGGCCCAGAGCUCUUCAUUCUCCUAGACUGGAUGACGAGGAAUGGGAUAGCUCCACAGACAACGUCAACACCAAGCCCCCGUUCCUGAGAAAGCCACCCUCUCAGAAUCCUGACAGACUCCCACCGCUGGUUGCUCCUAGCCUGCCCCCAUCCACCCCGCUCAGAGAGAAGAUCGAAUGCUUCAAGCAAGGAGCUCUCUGUGCAGACACAGGACCCCUGUCUAAGUCUGUUCCCGCUCCUUCAAAGGAGGGGGAGCUUGCAGCCUCUGAGCCCGUCUGGAUGUCCGUGGCGCGGGAAAAGACCCGAAGCCUCCAGCAGAUUUUCACCAGCAAGCUGGCACCGCUCGGCGGCACCCCCCAGGGCUGGUCUCAGAGGCCUCCACAACCCGUGGCCCGGGACAGGGAAGAAAAGAAGUUAAUUACCCAUCUCGGCCAGGAGGGGGCCCCCACAUCUGCCCCUAUGGAGAGGAAAGUGGACACGGAAGCAGCAAUGGAAAGUAGGUCUCCUCUCAUGCCAAAAAAGGCAGAAUGGCCAGCCCAUCUGGACAGCAAGACAGAGCUGCGGAAAGGCAGCUUUCCCGUCACGACUCAGCAGAGACCCCUAGCCGAGGGCAGGUGUGAAGAGAAGGUGGACAAGAGGGUGCCCAUAAAUGUGCAUUUCCCAGAGGUGCUGGCCUGCGCUGCCUCUGAGGCUCACGCUGACAAAGACGAGAGGUGGAGGAAGAGGUCAGAACUGCAGUCCCUGCUCUGGUCGUCAUCUCCAUCUUCGUCACCUCCAGCGCCGCCCCUGCCGAUUCCUGCGUCUGGAGCCGGCCAGCCAUCCUGGUUGGAGCUGGCCAAGAGGAAGUCACUGGCUUGGAGUGAUAAGACCGUGGACUGAGCGGGACAGAGGGGGCCUAAGGACAGAGUGUAGAAAAACGAGUAUCCCGACAGACCCUGCUAAUGUGACCCCCACUGCACGCAUAAGGCGUCCCAGGGCCCUGCCCCCGUGUGUCCACAUCCCCUCACAUGCUCCUCCGUCUCACAGCUGGGUUUCUUACAGUGACCUCUGCCUGGCUGACGUGGCUGUAUAUGAGGCUUGGUGUGCCCCUCUGACCUACAGUACAUCAGCAAUCGCACCAACGCUCAUAUACAGCCAAGUAUGCAGCUCAGAGAUGAGUUGGAGCGGACAGGGUCCAUGUGUGUGACCUGUAGGCGGGGCACAGAGCUUGUUCCUCGUGGCUGUAAGGGUAGCUCUGUGUGUACGUGCCCCCCCCUCCCAUGGCAUUGGGUUUCCAGCAGUCUGGUCUCGAAUGGCUCCGGUUUGAAUUUUGCACAGGAAAACAUGGAAAGCAUGUCAAGAAAUACUUUUGUUAAAAAUGCAGGGUGGUACGUAAACCACAGUUGUGUUAAUUAGAACUCCUAACAACCAUUAGCAUAUUCCGCUUGUUUAUAAUUCAGAUGGGCUAGAUUUCCUUUAACACCUCUUAUUUCCAUUAGAAUAAAAAACCAAACAAAAUUAUGCCUUAAAACACAAGAAUAUCCUCAGUUCUAGUUCCUCAGUUAAUUCAGUAGGGAAUUAAAAAAUUGUUACAGAAUUAAAUCUUUUUUUAUUGCAUUUAUGUAUAAAAUAUUAAUUUUAUUAAAGCAUUAUGUAGGCAAUAAAGUUGAUUAAUACAGUGAUGUAAUCGGGGGCCUUGAGGUUGUGGCCUCCCAGCCUGUGAUGUAAUCAGGGGCCCUGAGGUUGUGGCCUCCCUGCUAGUGAUGUAAUCUAGGGCCCUGAGGUCGUGGCCUCCCAGCCAGUGAUGUAAUCGCGAUUGAUUGAUUCCAGGUCUGGCAGAGAUAGUCGUUCAUGAGCUGGAUGCACUAGUCAAAGCCUAGAUGAUCCUCAGAGGGAAUUUUCCCUUGAAUAAUAUUCUUUUAAGUUGCUACCAUAAGAAUGUACAUUAGCAUAUUUUAAUUGGAGUUGUUUUGGCUCAAGGAGCCACAGUGAAAAGGUAAAAUUACACUGUAGUGUCAAUGAAAAGGUGUACAGAAAAUGUAGAAAGUCAAUAAAAUUCACCUGGAAACUUAGUACAUCUGAAACAUCUGCUGGGAACUUUGACCAAGGACAUGCAUGGAGGCUGUCCCUUGUAGGAUUGUUUAGUCAAAAAGAUGAUCAGAUUGAGGAUAGGUUAGAUUUCAGACACCUGACACUGUGAGUGCUGUAUAAGUGGGUCUCAGGCUGGGCGUUGGUCUCCUGCAAGUGACCCAAACGUGUGGGAGGUGAAAGCCAGAAGGGCCCCAGCCCCCCCCCACUGCUGAGUGUGCUUGUUGAUAAAGUAUCAUAAACCCAAGCCGGGUGGUGGGAUGGGUGGGGGUGAGUCUGAGCUCUGCUCUGAACGUAAUUCUGGAAGUUCUCUCUGGUUGUGAGUUUUUGAAACUUAAAUAGCUUUUGUGUGGAAUUUCUUUGGUUACGAUCUUGCGGAGGGUCUACCAGCUUCAGAGACGAUGUAUCAUUUUGUGAAAUAAAACUGCUUUUGUUGAACUUGA